CUCGCCUGCUCCCUUCCUCACCCACUCCACUCCGCUCCGUCCCCGUCUCGACGAGCGCCUCGAUCCCCCGCCGAUCCCGAGGUCCCCGAAUGGCGACGCUCACCGUCCCCUCCGCCGUCCCGCCCGUCGCCGACGACUGCGAGCAGCUCCGCAAGGCCUUCCAAGGGUGGGGCACGAACGAGGCGCUCAUCAUCUCCAUCCUCGCCCACCGCGAGGCGGCGCAGCGCCGCGCCAUCCGCCGGGCCUACGCCGACACAUACGGCGAGGAGCUCCUCCGCAGCAUCACUGACGAGAUCUCCGGCGACUUCGAGAGGGCCGUGAUCCUGUGGACGCUGGACCCGGCGGAGCGCGACGCGGUGCUCGCCAACGAGGUCGCCAGGAAGUGGCACCCCGGGAACCGCGUGCUGGUGGAGAUCGCGUGCACGCGCGGCUCCGCGCAGCUCUUCGCGGUCAGGCAGGCCUACCACGAGCGCUUCAAGCGCUCGCUCGAGGAGGAUGUCGCGGCGCACGUCACUGGUGACUUCCGCAAGCUUUUGGUGCCACUUGUAAGUGCUUACCGUUUCGAGGGACCAGAGGUCAACACAAAGUUGGCACAAUCAGAAGCCAAAAUACUGCAUGAGAAGAUCCAGCAUAAGGCUUAUGCUGAUGAUGAGAUCAUCAGAAUUCUCACCACUAGGAGCAAGGCUCAGUUGCUUGCAACAUUCAAUCGUUACAAUGAUGAAUAUGGUCACCCAAUCAACAAGGAUCUCAAGGCUGAUCCGAAGGACGAGUUCCUUGCCACGCUGCGUGCAGUCAUCCGCUGCUUCAGUUGCCCUGACAGGUACUUUGAGAAAGUUAUCAGGUUGGCCAUCGCAGGGAUGGGAACAGACGAGAACUCCCUUACCAGGAUCAUUACCACUCGUGCCGAGGUGGACCUGAAGCUGAUCAAGGAAGCGUACCAGAAGAGAAACAGUGUCCCGCUGGAGCGCGCGGUCGCAGGGGACACAUCUGGGGACUACGAGAGGAUGCUUCUUGCUCUUCUGGGUCAGGAGUGAGUGUGCCCAUGCCUAUCUGUCCAGCUACACCCUUAAUGUGGUCAUAUCAUAUCGUACUCAUAUCAGAGAAUAAACCUGUUUUGCUGGACCGUAUACGUGCUGAAUAUGUGGUUGUUGGUCCUGUACUGUUACGGUUACUGUAACGAUGAAAUAAAUCAUAGUUCCAUGGUUCAUGCAUGCAUGUGACGUCGUUUGCUUACCAA